AUGAUAGUAAAUCUCUUCCAGCAUAGAAGUUCAGCUUGCCAAGCUAUCGGUGUUGAUACUGUGUACAUAUUCCAACUUCUGGAAAACUAUACAGAGGAUGUACGUACUAGCAGAGGAGGAGGAGGAUGGGGUACCGCUAACCAGAGGUACACUAAUGUUAUCCAGCCAUCUACCUUUAAGUCCAAUACGUGGGGUGGCAGCAGAGAUCAAGGAAGAGGAUUUUUUGGCUCCUCUGAUUUUGGAUCAUCAGGCGGCAGCAGCAGAAAUGCAGACUUUUCACAGAACAGAUUCUCUGCAUUGAUGAACAGUCAAAGUAUUGCUGAUGGCUAUAAAGAUGAAGACGAGAGACUUCUCGAGUGUGUAGUGAAAGACAUGGAAAUUUGGGAAUCUUCAGGUCAGUGGAUACUUUCAUCUUAUUCACCGAUGAAAGAAAAGCCGAAUGUCUCAGGCUUUACAGAUUUCUCGCCAGAAGAGUUGCGUCUGGAGUAUUAUAACUGCAGAGAAAACAAUAACAUUCAGAACUAUACAAAUUCUGUCCAACAGUUAGCGAAGCAAUGGAGAAAUCGGCUGCUUCAGUUGAAAACUUUAAAUGCAUCGACAAGAGCAGCUUUGCUCUCUGAAUUAAAGAACAUGGUCAAUCAACCAUUGCCUGCCUUUGGAUUUGGAGGACAGCAAACAUCAAGCUUUGGGUCAUCAAGCUUUCCUGUGAACAGCAGCAGUAACAGUGCUAGCAGUUUCUCCUUUAAAACAAGUUCCAGCCUUGUCAGUGCAUCAUCUGGAAACACCCCUGCUUUUGGGAGCUCUUCUGCUCAUUGUAAUCCUCCUGCAUUUGGUGUGACGUCCUCUCCUAGCAUAUCCCAUUCUGCUGGUUUUGGCAGCCUGGCUGCUCCAUCUGCAGCCUCCUUCUCAUUUAAAACUUCUGAAACAACUAGUGGUUUUGGAACUUCUGGGUUUUCAGGGUUUGGCAAUUCUUCUGCUGUGAACUCUUCAAGCACCACUCCGCUUACAGCUUUUGGAGCCUUUAAUGCAGCAGCAGCAGCUGCUCCCUCACAUUCAAGCAGUAUUUUAUUUGGACAGACUGCCAGUGCCUCUGGACAAAACAUCACAUCAGCAUCUUCUGCAGUCACAAACAAUACUACAUCAGAAAAGUUAUUUACACCAAAGAGCAAAUUAUCAGCUGAAGAGCUGAAACAAUUUGAAGCAAAAAAGUUUACAAUGGGGAAGAUUCCUCUUAAGCCACCACCAUUAGAACUUUUAAAUGUUUAGGACUUUUAAGUUUAUUCUGAAAUAACACAUUUUUGUAAUUUCUCCAAUACCUCAACUACACUAUUUUGUGGUUUGAGUAAUAAAAUGCUUCCGUUUGAGUUAA